AGGGAAACGUGUCACCAGCCGGGCUCUGGGAACUCCGCGGCCGCCUGGCUUGUUGACUCGCGCUGGAGAGGACUUGAGGCUGGACGGGACCCGGCGGAGGGCAGAGCUGGGAGAGGACGGAGGAGGGAGAGCCGGGCAGAGCGCGGCGGGGAGAGCCGUCCAAGUCCCUCAUUUCUCUCCGGUGUUGACUAAAUUUGUGGUUUUAAGAAACCCGACAGCCUGAAGGCAGCAGCCCUGGGAGAAGCCCUUUCUGUGGGCAGUCAGAACCUUCUGGUCCAGAGGAGAAGCUGUCCCCUCACCUGGACUUAUGACCCGCGGCCUUGCCCCCAGCCUGCCCAUCGAGUUCCACAAAAUGGGCUCCUUCCGCAGGCCCAGACCGCGCUUCAUGAGCUCCCCGGUGCUCAGCGACCUGCCCCGGUUCCUAGCCACCCGGCAGGCCUUGCAGCUGAGCUCCAACUCGGCCUGGAACAGCGUGCAGACUGCCGUGAUCAACGUCUUCAAAGGCGGAGGCUUGCAAAGCAACGAGCUCUAUGCACUGAACGAAAACAUCAGGAGGCUGCUGAAGAGUGAACUUGGAUCGUUCAUUACUGACUAUUUCCAGAACCAGCUUCUUGCAAAAGGACUGUUGUUUGUGGAGGAGAAGAUUAAGCUGUGCGAAGGUGGAAAUCGCAUUGAGGUUCUGGCUGAAGUCUGGGACCACUUCUUCACUGAGACUCUCCCCACCCUGCAGGCGAUAUUUUACCCAGUUCAGGGCCAGGAGCUGACCAUCCGCCAGAUCUCCCUGCUGGGCUUCCGUGAUCUGGUCCUGCUGAAGGUGAAGCUGGGUGACUUGCUGCUGCUGGCUCCAUCCCAGCUGCCCUCAUCCAUUGUCCAGAUGUUACUCAUCCUGCAGAGUGUUCAUGAGCCCACAGGCCCCAGCGAGGGUUAUUUGCAGCUGGAGGAGCUGGUGAAGCAAGUGGUUUCUCCUUUCCUGGGCAUCAGCGAGGACCGCGGCUUCCCAGGCCCCGUGCACACACUGGCCAGGCGCCACUCCCGGGUCCGGCCCAAGUUCACCGUCCUGAACUAUGGCUCCCCGAUGACCGCCACCAGCCGGCCCCUGAACGAGAUGGCGCUGACCCCGCUGACGGAGCAGGACGGGGAGGCCUACCUGGAGAAGUGUGGCAGUGUCCGGCGGCACACGGUGGCCAACGCCCACUCUGACAUCCAGCUGCUGGCCAUGGCCACCAUGAUGCACUCGGGCCUGGGCGAGGAGCCUGGCGGGGAGGACCCGUGCCUGCUCCUGCCGCCCCGCUUCUCCCCGCCCCACCGCCAGUGCUCCAGCGAGCCCAGCAUCACCGACAGCCCGGAGCAGCUGGAGGGGGAGGCCGGGGGCAGCCAGGGGGACUCGGAGCUGAACUGUGCGUCCCUCCGCUGAGCGCCGCCUCCGGGACUUCCCAGCUCCUGCCUCGCAACCGGAGGAGGAGGGCUCCAUCCUGGGCAUCACCGCAGGCUCUUCUGGGCAGUGCUGCCUUACGUCUUUUCGGGUACAGGCCUCGUGGAUGUGUCCUGGGGGACAUCCCUGUUGUAAACCUCUCCAUGUCUGUGGCUGUGACCACCUCUCUGCAGCUGCACAGACCAGCUGCCCAGUGUUCUCUUUCUGCCUUCCAGCCUUGCCUGUCCGAUGCCCCUAGUAACAUUCCCCAGUGCCCUUGGCAUUGCUGUAGCAGGAGGUUGUCUGAGCCACACACACAGCCAGCAGGGAUGGGGUGCCGUCCCCUUAGGUCUGGUGAUAGAGGCCGGUGGGUGAGAAGAUACCUCUUCUCCCUGCUUUUGUGUGUGGGAGCGAAAGGAGGCAGCCCGACCACGCAGGGCUCUGGGAAGUGCCUUCCUUAUUUUAGUGUCAGAAUUACUGGGAGAGAGUUGCCCCACUGGAGCUGGGGGUCCACCCUCACCUACACCAGGCCGCCAGGCUGGAGAAUCCCAGUCUCUGAUGCACCUCAGCAUUUCCCCCUGAGCUUGCUCCCAGCCUCACAGAACUAACCUCCCAGGAGAGUCGCUGGUGCCUCUAUCCCUCUCUUACUUCAGAAACUGACCACUUUCCUGUUGUGGGUGAAGGGCCUGCUGAUACCAACCAACUGGUCUUGUUCCUGGAUUUGACUUGAAUUUUUUAAAUGCGCAUUGUUUAAAGAAAUUGCACAUAUUUGCACGUGGGACCUUGCACUGCUCCUUCCCGGUGGGUGCGUCUUCAAGCUAAGAAAUCGGCACACUCUCUGGGGAGGUGGUGCGGGUGGGAGUGAUCCCUGCUGGGCAGGAGCUGCUGGAUUUGAAUCCAGAACUGCCUGUGUGUCAGUGUUGUGAUGUCUAGGAGAAGCUGCAGGGAGGGAGACAGCUCACCUCCUGAGCAGAGGGUUGCAGCAAAUGGAAUGUCUCAGUGCUUACAGCGGGGGAGGUGGGGGGAUGUAGGUAGGACCCUUUGGAGAGAUGUUCCUUCCCUGUGGUUAAAGAAGUACCCAGAAGUGCCUGAAACUGCUAACAUGUUAGGUCUCCAAAUGCCGUUAGGGCUGCAGGCUUUGACAAUGCCGUGUCCUUAACACUGCUCCCUCCAGGCCCGGGCUUGUUAUCCACCUCGACCCUCUGUUCUCCCUGUGGCUGCCUGUGGGCCCCACUCCUAACAGCUUCAGAAGAAAGGAGAAGGCUCCCCCUGGACUCUUCUGGCACCUUCUAGGUAUCCUGUUGGGCUUGGAAACUUUGUUACUGAAAUCUCAGAGACGUUGGGCUUCGAAGCUCGGCCUCGAAUGUGCCUGGGAGAGGGUGAGGACGGUGGCGGGGAAGGACCUCCUGACUCUGCAGCAUUUCCCUUCUGGGCGGAGAUCUGGACGACCACCCACGUGGUCUAUCUGAUGGCUUGUAAUUUGGAAAUUGCGCUUAACACUUUGUUUCAUGUUCAUCCUUCUACAAGAGUGACAGAAGAGAAAUGUCCAAAGCAGAUCUGAGAAUUUCAAACCGACAGAAAACGUCCUGGUGUGUGUGUUGGAUGACGUCCGCAGGCUAACACGCGUUAGCGGGUGGAACAUCAGUAGGUGUCACCACAAUGAGUUGUUUAACCCAUGGCUUCCGUCCUUCAGUGCACUGAGCACUUGGGACUGGUAUUUACUGAUCCAGGCAACAGAUGAAUCAUGCUGGGUGUUUUGUUUUUUUUUAGUUUACAACAUUAACAAUACCUAUGUUUUAAAUGCCUUUUCCAUACAAUGACCCCAUGCAGAUAGCCGUCAGCAGUUAGACACGGGAGCUCUUAGGCUGAGAAGGGCCUGCCGGUCCAGACCCUGUGAACUUGAUUUUGCUAAUGACUGUUAGCCCGUUUACAUCACCUUUGAUGCACACACCUGCUGCCUGUACCGUGAGUACUUCCGACUGUACCUGAAACAGUCUGACUGGCGGCCACGGGCAUUCUCGCUCUGGAGCUGGUGCGGGAGUGGGAGCACCGGUGCGGUCACCGCGGUCGCUCUCCUUCCAGAGAUGAAGGUGCAUUUUCCUUGUUUGAGCGAGGACCUUCCUGUGGCUGAGGUUCAGGGACAGGAAGCGAUCACUGUAAGCUCGGAGUGAGCUCACAACCCAACACCUCUCAUGUUGUCUGUUUCCAAAGCGGGUUCAAUAAACAUCAUUUCGUACACGUUACCUGCCCUGAGUCCGUGCGGCGGUGCCUUGCGUGGUAUCUGUUAGGCGCCCUGUCCUCACACUCUGCCCCCGUUUUCCUGUCCCCUUCCCCCCUUCCCUCCAGGGUUGGGCAGCAGCCUCGCCCCAGCCAGUCUCCCAGGGUUUUGUUUGCCAUCCUUGUCUGGAUUGACAGUCA